UAUAUAAACGACCACAGAAAGCAAAAGACCCUUCAAUUCUCAUCACAAACUCCCCAAGGACACAAAAACCUUUCAAAUUCUCUCUCAAGAAGGACCAACCAAGCCAUGGCUUCAAGUGCAGAGCAUAGAGCCAUGGCCCUGUGUUUAGCCAUUUUUGUAACCUUGCAAUUGCAGGUGUCCAUGGCAGCAGUGUACAAGGUAGGAGACUCAGCUGGUUGGACCACCAUUGGCAAUGUCGAUUACAAGAACUGGGCUGCUACUAAGACUUUUCAUGUUGGAGAUCUCAUCCUUUUCGCAUACAACCCUCAAUUUCACAAUGUGAUGCAAGUCACCCAUGCCGACUACAAAGCAUGCAAUGCUACUACCCCGAUCGCCACCCACACCACUGGAAACGAUACAAUCACCAUCACCGCUCGCGGUCACCACUUCUUUCUUUGCGGUGUCCCUGGUCACUGCCAAACUGGACAGAAGGUUGAUAUUAACGUGCCCCGUACUUUGUUGGUUCAAGCUCCUUCAGGAUCCCCCUCCUCUCUUUCAACCACCACAACCACCGUACCUGCACCUUCUCCAAGCAGCACUGCUCCAUUGUAUGCUUUGAUGGGGCUUCUUGGUAAGCUCGGGUUGUCUAUGGUUGUUUUUGCUGCUUUUGUUUCCGGUUUUGCUUAGCCAGGGAAGAGUCAGUGUAAGGCCUUUUGGGUAGUCUGCUGUGUCUAUUGGGACUCCAUGGGACUACAUGUACUUUUGUAUUAAAACUUGUGUAUUCAAAUAAUUGUAUUACAGUUCAUACUAGUUUUUUGUGAAUGGAAACAUGAGCCAGUGCCAGUUUGAUGUUUAA